AUGGGCCGCCACCUGGCAUAUCUCUCACGCUUGUUCUAUUCGUGCGUGGGUGUGAUCAUUUACACCCUUCCGUUAGGCAUCGCGGCAUUAGUGGCUUUCCUGGUGGGCUGGGCCGGUGCUAUCGUGUCGAUGGACCAGAUCUAUUAUGUUGGACCCAUUGCUAGCAUGGUUGGCCAGGAUGGUUCUGACUUAGGGAUCUGGGUGGGAAUGGCAUGGGCGAUGUUAGUCUUUCCGCCCCUCCGGUGGCUAGAGUUGAAAAGGUUCAACCGUUGA